UUUACAAUUAUGUAUGUAUGUACUUACAACAUGGAGGCAAAUGAAAUGAUAGACGAGGUUGUUUCCGAAGACAAAUUAGUAGAAUUAUGGCCAGAUUAUCCAUGCCUCUAUAAUGUUCGUUCAUCUGAAUUUAAAGACAGAGUGAUGAGGCAGAAGGCUCUGGACGAAAUUGCGAAAGCAGUCAAUAAAAACGUGGAAUGGGUAAAGAACAAACUGCGAACUUUAAGGAAUUGCUAUACGAAGGCAAAAAAGGCACCUCCUUCGGGAACUGCACGGCGGAACCUUUCUAAGAGAACUUCUUGGGUUUUGGAUAAACUACAAUUCUUUGAAGAGCAUGUUGCCAUCCGAGCAACAGCGUCUAACAUGGAUGAUACAAACUCUUUGGUGGCACGUGAUAACAGUGAUAAUGAGAAUGGUUCCAUGCUUCAACAUGCCAUAGAUUCUGAUGAAGAUUUAAACACGCUAGAUCUUACUGACAAUAACCAACAGGUUAUCAAGUCAACCAAACUACCAACAAAGCCAAGGGGAAAGUCAUUGAAGAGAAAGUUGGAGGAAGAAGAAUUAAGUGUUAUGAGAAGCCUGACUUCUGCAAUUGUUAAUGAUAGCAAAAAAGCACAAGAGGAUAAAGAGCCAGGGGAAUGUGAAUCAUUUGGAAAAUUUUUAGUGGAGUCACUGAAAAAAAAUGGAUCAACAAUCUAG